UUAUUCAUUAAGACAAAGGCCAAUUGAAUGUAAUGUAAGGGAGUUAUCAAAUAUAGGCCAAAUUACAGAUAUAUUGUCCACUUUGUCAAAUCCAGCACCCUUUACAAAAGUUUGGACAUCCUUGUAUAAGACUUUUGUUCAUCUUCAGAAUACAAAUAAAUAUCUUUUUGAUAAAUUCAUAUCUUUCUAACCCUCAUAGACAGCACAGAUACUACCACAAACAAUGUCCAGAAAUGUAGCACAAACAUAAUGUAUACUGCUGUGUCAGUAGCACCACACAGAUACAUUGUUUUCAUUCAGUUCAAAGUAUAAACAACAUAUCCACUAUCCACAUUACUUUGAUGAAUUUUUCAUCAAAAAGUCUUUUCCUUCAUGCAAACCUGAGCUGAAGGUAAACCUUGAGCUGCAGAGUCCAUGUUGCUGGUUAUUUCUCAGGACAGAUUAACAUUCCCAAUGAAUUCCCUACAUUACCUCUCCAACAGCUCUGGGGCUCCUAAAAGGUGAGAGAUGCCCCUUCAGAUAACAGCGCCACAUGCACACUCAAUGCCUAAGGAACUGUUUUAGACUGGGAUUCUCAUCAGGGGCCAGGUUACUGGGCACAAAUGUAUAAAAAGGGUUUGAGGGGUGUGUUUAGCCGUGUCCAAUGGAAAAUUCUUGGAUUCAAGCCAUGUGAGGUACACAGGGACAGAGAGAAAGAAAGGAAGAUACAGCAGAAAGUAACCAGCAGAAAGUUCUAGCUCAUUUAUUUUUAGUCAAUCUGUGUUUUGUGGUGUUAAUGAUUCAUGGUGAGGGGACAGAAAUAGGGGAAACAGAAGGUGUUGGCGCCACCUUGGCCACACUCCAGUAACCCUGCAGUGGAGUAGCUUGAUACAAGCAAGAGAUCGCAUAAAAGCAGACAGGAAACAAAGAAAGAGUACAGGAGAAGUACUAUUUACUAUCAACAGCAGUGAGUGAGACUGGGAGAAGGUAUAAGAGUGUUUGAAAUUCAGUUAGGGAGGUGGACUUAAUUUGAGAGUAAACCGAGGAGGUGCUGACUCACGUCACUGGAGACUUUGGACAAUUAAGUCCAGACAAACAUAACCUCCCUUUAGAAGCGAACACAGACGUGUCUCUGUUGAUGUCACCUUCAAGAGAUGUCCACUUCAAGAGGCGGUGUCACAGGGAACAUCUACUCUGAACCAGACUUAUUCCCAUUUAACUGAAAAGCUCCUGCAGGAAGAAACCUGGAACGAUAUAAAAGGUUGAGCACUGGAUAGACAACAGUAUGGAGGAAGUGCUUACAUAAUCGGGAUGCAUGUGGAAGUGCAACAAACUUAAUCUGCUGCCUCUUUUUACCAGGAUUUAAGGCACCAAAUUUUCUAAACACUUUGUUUUUGGAUAAACUUUGCUAAGCUUCGGCCCUUCAACUUUUGGACUCUGAAACUGAAGGAACAUUUCUAUAAAGAAAUGUCCUCAAAAUAAGAGGUGUGUACUUGAACAAUGCCUCCUCUUUAAGAAUGAGGGCUGUCAUCUGAUUUGGAAUGCUGAUAUAUCCGAUAAGCAUGUAUAUCUGAGCUGGAGGGUCAGUGUUGCACAUCAGCAGGAGAGAGAGAGCUUCUCUUCGUUGCACUGAGCCUCAUCAUCUUACCUGCAGACAGGAGAGCGAGAGAGAGGGAGGAGGAAGAGCAAAGGGAAAGGAACAUCCAGUUCUAGACUAAACAAGUUUGCAAAACAUGAGCAAAAGGGAUUUAGGUUCAACGAGGACGUUGGUUCGGUGCCAGUUUCAAGAUCGCUACAAAGACUGAAAACAUCCCAGGGUGAGGUCAGGAUAGCGGCUGUGUGAGUGUCACAAAAAAAGAAGAAAGAGCCAGACAGACAUAAUUGAAGAGACAGACAAGAAAAGAUGCCUGAAAACAAGCAGACAAUCCAGCGGACUGGAAGCUAUCUGUCUCACUCUGCUUACAGGAAGAUAAAAAGGGUGCUGAGCUUCAGAAGACGUGUAUUUGGUCAAAGGUUGGAAGAGACAGUCCUGUAUGAGAGGAGAUAUGGGGAUCACAUGGCUCCGUUGGUGGUGGAGCAGUGUGUUGAUUUCAUCCGAGAGCACGGGCUCACUGAGGUGGGACUCUUCAGACAGCCCGGCCAGGCCACAAUGGUUAAAGAGUUACAGGAAGCUUUUGAUGCUGGGGAGAAACCAUCUUUUGACAGCAGCACAGAUGUCCACACAGUAGCAUCUUUGCUAAAGCUAUACCUCAGGGAGCUGCCUGAACCUUUGGUGCCAUUUUCCCGCUAUGAAGAGUUUCUUGUAUGUGGCAAAAGAAUUUCCUCAGACAGAGAAAAGGGUUUGCAAGACUUGAGGAAUCUCCUUUAUGAGCUACCUGUAGCAAACUUCAACCUUCUGAAAUACAUCUGCCAAUUCUUAAAUGAUGUGCAGUCAUACUCUAAUAUCAACAAGAUGAGCAUCCAGAACUUGGCAACUGUUUUUGGGCCAAAUAUCCUAAGGCCUAAAGCUGAGGACCCAGAAAGUCUCAUUGGAGGGGCAGCAGUUGUGCAACAUUUAAUGUCUGAACUCAUCCGUGAGCACAGCUUACUCUUCUCCCGAGAGAACUGCAAUCCUCCUGAAACAUCUUUACAAGCCACCCUCCCCAUUCAAAGACACAGUAACCUUGUGGAAUGGGUGCACGAACCACCUGCCCACCUGAGGGAACCUCUGUUAAGCAAAGAUCACAUGGUCCUUGGAGAUCAGACUGUAGCCUGUCCACACAAACACUCUCUACUGCUAAACAUGGAGGGGAGAGAGUCUUUUCAAAGCUCUUGUGACAAAAACAUUACCCAUUUAUCAGAGACAGAGCAACAAUUCCAAGAGAACUCUUCACCAACCAGCUCUGCUCUUAUUUAUGACAACUACAGUCAGAGCAGCCCAGCACAAGAAACUCUUGGUACGAGACAUGUAUUUACACCCUCCACCCCACUACCUGCCUGCUCUUCUUUGAGCAAAGAAAUGGAAGCUAGAGUGGAAAUGUGUAUUCAGUCAAGGAGCUGGCCUGAUAUAGAAGAACCCAGCUGGGGACCAGGAAAAGCGCUAGGGGAAAGUGGAGGCAGCAGUGAAGUCCAGGAUAGUACCUUAUCUGUCUAUGACAACAUAGUUACGGGGGAGCAAUAUAUAGAAGACAAGGAGAACAAAGGUACUGCCAGUAUGGCUGAGAGCAGCAGCUCUUGGUCCUCCUGUGAAAUCGCGCCUUUGGAUGGGGGCAGUGGGAGCGGUGGAGCUGCAAGCCCUUGCAAUGUCUCCCCAGAAAAGUUCUCUUCAUUCAGAAUGGACUCUAGAGAAGAAGAGAUUCGACCUAACUCCCCUGCCUCAUCCUCUGUUCCUACAGAUGCACCUUUAAGCACCGGCAGCAGCGAAGUCUUUUUACCAAAUGCUCCUCAAGAGCCUUUGGGCUUUCCAGCUUCCCAUGCAAUGCAGUGCCUAGUUUCUGGGCUUCGUCAACAGAUGACCAGGCAAAAGGCAGAGUACGAGGCAAAAAUCAACAGGCUGGAACAGAAGAAUAAGGUACUUCAUGGGGAAGUUGCCGGGCUGCGUUCAACUUUGGAGCAGCAGCGGCGCUGGGUCAGUGUGGCUGAGAUCAAGAUGAGAAAUGUAGAGAGAGCCCGUGCAGACGCUGAUAGACGGAAUGCCACUCUGCAACAGGAAAUGGAGCAGUUCUUCAACACAUUUGGCGAGCUUAAUGCAGAGGCCCAGAAAACCAGUCGCAUUGUUCAGAGUUUUUGAAACAUUCAUGUGCUCUACUACGAGACCAGCCUUAGUAGCAUAUUAAGGUUUCACCGUUUUAAAGCAGCGUUUUUCAACUUUUGUCAUGGAGUUACCCCGAAUAGCAUACAUUUUUGAUGUCUUUAUCUGAUACUUCCAUUCCAAGUCUGGGAGUUGCUACCAAUGAAAUGAUGGGUUGAAUUAGAAAGACAUAGUUGAGUGUUAAGCCCAAAUUAUACUUCUGCAUCGGACCUACGCCGUAGCCUUUGUGGCCUAGGCUAUGCAUCAGUUUUAUAGGCUAUGCAUCAACGUCAAUGUACAGUACACAUUCGGGCUGCUAGUUUGCAGGGUCAAAGCAUUUUGCUGGUGUAACCCGCAGGACCAUGGUAAAAGUAAAAGAAGCGGCUCGUCAAAGAAGCAAAUAGCUAUAAUAGUGGAAAAUAAACCAAGUCGUUAAUUCAUUUUUUAAAACUACAAAAAGAUGACAAUGGAACAGGAGAAAAUAACAUUCUUUCAGUCUCCACAAGGACUUGUACCACAGCAGUUCAACAGUGUUUGUCACAGACAACUCAGAUGAAACGUAAGUACAUAUGGAGAGGAUUCUAGCAGACCAAUUGCUGCGCUUGCGGUCCACUUAGAAUUUGACGUUAAGAUUUUUGGGAGGCACACAUCAGGUACAGCGUAGGCCUGUGCAUCUCUGCAUAUGCUAUGGCGUAGGUUCGAUGCAGAAAUAUAAAUUUGGCUUCACAAGUACUCCAAGACCAGGGAUGGGAAACAGCAAUAUUAAAUUAAUAACUGUUAAAAAACAGGAGUCUGUUUCAGGGCUGUAGAAAUGAGGAUGCAUUCCUGAGGGAAACCGUUGCCCCACUUUUAAGUACAGUUCUGUUGCCUGAACGACUGUGCAGACCAGCAUGUUCAAAAUAAUACUAAAGGCAAUUUUUUGCCAUUUAAAUGACAAAGGAAUGAACCAAAGUAGGAUAAAAUUUCAUGUCUAGUAAGCAUGAAUGCUUUAUUUGAGUAAAGAGAUUAAUGAAAACUAGACUCUAGGGAUGCUUUUAAUAUAAAUGAGCUCAGACUUAAAGUCUCUGCCCUGGCUGAGGAUCACUGUACAUUUUAUUUAAUUGGGUCCUGUGUAGGUACGUACCACAAGACACAGUCAUACCUUGUACACAAACAAAUUGUUCAUACAUGAAUGCAUUUGUACCAUAUGAAAUAAAACAUAAAACAAACAGUACUUUGAGCUUUUUAUUUGGCCAGCUGUAACAGAUGUUUAUUUUCUUUUCUUUUUUUUUCGCAGAGAAAAGAAUUCUCACUCGGUUUUUGUAGAUAGAGUAUUGUUUAAGGUUUUGCAUAUGUUUCAGACAGAAUUGUGAUUUGGGUAACUCCCAUCAUAGCCCACUGACAGGGCACCCAUAUGUAGCACAUCAUUACAAAACACAUGAUAGCUAAACAGACAUUACUAGCACAGAGCAGUUAGAUAUCUAUUCCUUUUAUAGGAUUUGAUUGAUGAUCAUGAGAACUGUCUUUUUAAGGCCAGCUCACACUGCACUGACAGACAUGACAACCAGACACACUCGUCUGGUUUUGUCAGAUCAGUGUCUUACCCCUCUCGGUGUCUGUUAUCAUUGGUCAGUCCUUGUUUUUGCCAAUGGAAUGUCUGAGACGUGACAUACUGUAAUCGGUUGGCUGUCAGCAUCUGGUAGUGCAGUGUACACUAGCCUUUAUGUAAAUAGUAUAAGAAGUAAAUGAAUCUCUUUGAAGUCAAUAAUUCUUUCAAGUAAUUACUGAUUCCACCUCUAAAAAAACACUGUUGUUCACAAACACACACCCUCUUCCCCAAGGGAAACAGACACCUAAAAGAAGAGAAAGUAAGCCCUUGAGAAAGUGUGAGCCAGCUUUGUUCGUUGUCUUGAAGUUAUCAAUGCCACAGAGGUCCAUCACUAGUGUUCAUAACAGGAAUCAAUGAGUCCACAACAGCGAAACUAAUGUGCAUGAGGCUCCGAAAUGAGAAUGGAACACAAUGCACUAUUGCGUUGUUGUAAUACAUUAUCACUGUGCUAACAGUAAAUUGAAGCACCAAAACAAAUCUCACAAGCUCAAGGAGACCAGGAAAUGUGAUGUUUGAGAAAACAGACAAAGUGGCAUGGGUAGCAAACAUCCCAGCCUGCUGAAAAAAAAAAAAAAAAAAAACCUCGAUUGUAGGUCAAUUACCAUCAAUCAUUUUGUGAUCUCCAGGCCAAGCUGCAGAGACACUAAGAGUGAGAAGCUUAAGGCAUGAAAAUUAUGGUGAUGCUAAGUUCAUCCUUGAGUACUGUCCAUCAGUGUAGGAUCCAUCCACUGAUAUUCCCAUUUCAGUCUGAGCUUAGAGGAACACAAACUCAAAACCUAAACAACCAAAGAUUUCUGCAAUGUCCCUAAGUCUGGGAUUCCUUGUGUUAUCAUGCAUAAAAUUAAUGUAGAGUACAGGACACAUCAUCAUACAUAUCUACAAGACUAGAGGGAAAAGAAAGCAGAAAGGUGAUGAACAUGUGGGUUUCCAUCCUGAUUACCACUGUUACCACAAGAUCCAAAACAGGUCUCUAAGUGCAUGGUUACCUACAGUGUAUCACUGAUUCGCAAGUCUGCAAACAGCAACCUAAGACUAAAGAGACACGUAUAAAAGGAAAUUAAAUUAUACGGCCUUGAUAAUUCAUUCAAACAUGAAAAUCCUUUUUGUGUUUUACUGAAUGGACAUCUUUAAAGACGAGAAAACUGCAGAAAUAAAAAUCCACUGACAAGUCUAUUAACAAAAGGAAUCAUAAAUUUGCUUUGUACAACAUUCUUAUGGGCUUUUCAAGUUGGAGGAGAUUAAAAAAGGCAAUGGUUUGCAUUAGCUCAUGCAAUUAAACGUACAAUCUUUCGAGAUACAUCAUGAACUUGUCAGCGGUGAUUAAUUACUCUUGGAAUGAGGAACAGGGGCUUUGAUUAGAAUGUUGCAUCCACAAUGUUCCAUUGGAUAUCUUGAAUUGUUUGUUCUUUUUUUUUUUUAAGCAGAAUAUUCUCACUUUUAAAUUCUAUGUGCAAUUUUUAAAUCGAUUUCAAGUUCCAUCUACAUAAAUUGUUUUACAGUACAUAUGCUAAAGCAUAUUCAGAAUCUGUAAAAAUCGUUCCACAGCACAAAGAAAAAAAAGGACAUUUACACAAAAUCUAUGUACGUAUAUAUACACACACAACUACACCCUAACCAACCGAAAAGCAUCAUUAGGUUCGCUUUUAAAAUGGGUGUAUGGUGACUAUGUACAGAGGCAGGCACUAUUGUUCUGUUUCUAGGUGUGUUUAGGCUUAUUUCAGUGAGCUGUAGUUACACUGUCUGUCUAGUAAGUGUUCUUUGUUAAUAUCAUGCAGCAAUACUUGUCACAGGAACUCAUUCCAAAGGGGCUGGCUAGCUAUAACGUUUUCCAAGAAUUUAUAUCUGUGCUUCUUUUAGGUGAUGAAAUGAAUGGUAAUAUGAGAGAGAGAGAGAGAGAGAGAGAGAGAGAGAGAGAGAGAGAGAGAGAGAGAGAGAGAGAGAGAGAGAGAGAGAGAGAGAGAGAGAGAAAGAGAGAAAGAGAGAAAGA